AUGGUCGAGAACUCAAAAUUAAUAUCUACUCAAGUAGACCCAAAUCAAAUCAAAACAAAUGAGGAAAAAAUGAUUCGUGUAAAGUUAUUUAAUAUUUUUCUUCAAACACGAGCAUAUUCUGCAUCUAAAGCUUCAAGAAAAGUAUCUGAAUGUCCUCAGGAGAAGAUUGUGAAAGUGUCAGUCAUUGGCAUGCCAAAUUCAGGAAAGAGCACGUUUAUAAACGCAAUAAUGGAACAAAGAGUCUGUGCAACAUCUGAUAAGGUUCAUACAACAACAAAUUAUGCUCAGGCGAUAACAAAUCGAAAAAAUUCUCAAAUUGUAGUAUUUGACACUCCAGGACUUGUGACCAAGAAAGAGAUGAAACAAUAUAAGCACACAAGUCAAUUUGUGAGUGCUUGUCGAGAAUCAAUUGAACAGUCUAAUAUCAUUGGAGUACUUCAUGAUGUCUCUAACUUUUGGACUCGUGGUCAACUUCAUCCCAUCAUUCUUGAAUUGCUGCAUGAAUACAAACAUCUGCAGAGUUUUCUUAUUCUCAACAAGAUUGAUAAAAUAAAAAGCAAACGAGUUUUGUUAGAGUUAGUCAAGACAUUAACUUGCAAUAAUAUUGCAUUAGUACCAAAACAGAAUGUUGAAAUUGUGAAGCAAGAACCAAUUGACAAAGAUGUGGAAUUUGAGAAGAAAGUUGAAAACGGCUGGCCAAACUUUUCAGGUGUUUUCAUGGUCUCGGCUCUUAAUGGAGAUGGCAUUCAAAAAGUUGCUGAUUUUGUCGAGAAACAAGCAGUUGAAGGAGCAUGGGAAUAUAGAAAUAACGAAGUAACUGAUCAAAAACCAACAGACGUCAUCGUACAAUUUGUGAGAGCAAGAUUAUUAGAUUACUUACAUCAAGAAAUUCCAUACAAUUUGAAAUUGGAGCUGGAAUAUUUCAGUGAUGAGAAUCAUAAGAUUUUUGCAAGUGUCAACAUUUUUUGUCCCAGCGAAAGAAUAGAAAAAUUAGUUUGCGAAAUGUUGAAUUUAGCAAGAACAUUUCUAAAACUUGCAAAUACACGUUCACUGGCAGCAGCUCCAUCAUCUGUAAAUGUUAUUAAACAACCUGAAGUGAUUAAAUAUGCAAAUCCUUUGGUUGAAGAACGAGAAGUUUGGGUUGAGAAUAUGGAUACUCUAGACGAAGAAAAACUCGAAAUAAUGAAAUUGAAUCCUAAAAUAUUUGCUGCAACUCCUAGAAUUGAUAUAAUCCAUCAAAAUGUGCAUUGGCAAAAACUAUACCGAUAUGUGAGUUUCGCUCAUGCAAAACAUAGAUUUGAAUGCCGGGGAGGAGGAAGAAAGCCGUGGCCACAAAAAGGAUUAGGAAGAGCUCGUCAUGGAUCAAUUCGCUCACCUCUAUUUCGAGGAGGUGGAGUUACCCAUGGACCAAGAUCACCAACCACACAUUUUUAUAUGCUUCCUUUUUUCACACGCGUUCAUGGAUUGACAACAACUUUAUCAGUUAAACUUGCGCAAGAUGAUUUACAUGUUGUUAAGGAUUUAGAAAUUCCAACAGACGAUGAAGAUUAUAUUAAGGAUUUGAUCGAGAAAAGGAAUUGGGGACCUUCAGUGCUUAUUGUCGAUGACAAUGACAUGUUCCCAGAAAACAUCGCAGUUGCAACUGAUACAAUUUCUUAUGUUAAUUUAAUGCCUGUCUAUGGCUUGAAUUGUUAUUCAAUGAUCAAACACGAUACUCUUGUUCUUACACAAGCUGCAGUUGAAAAGAUAACAGAAAGAAUUCUUUACCAAUUUACUAGAGCUGACGAAAAAAAUAUUACGCAAAAGUUCAGACUUAGUCAAAGAAAUUAAGAAAAGGAUUAGAAAAUAAAAUUUAAUUGUAGUUUCAAUAUUUUUGUAUU